GGCCGCGCAGAGAGCGGCGGCGGAGGUGAGCGAGCACUGAGCCGCCGCGCCUCCCCGCCUGCGCUCCCUCGGGGGGCCCCGCUGGCCUCGUCAGCCAGUACCCCACGGCUUUCCGCGGGUCUGGGGACUUGCGGGUAGCGCCCGCGCCCUGGCUGGCAGCCCUGCUCGUGGCCGCCCGGCCUUGGAACCUCCGGGAGCGAAGGCUGCGGCGUGCGCUCGGAGCGAGGCGCGAGGCCGGGCGGGCUGCUGGUGUUCCCACGGGGACGCCCCUGAGCGCUCCAUGCCUGCGGGCGCGGGGACGCGUGGCCUCCCCCAGGCCCGCCGCCUGUGCUGGCUGCUCUGCGCCGUCACUUUCAAGCUCUGCCAAGCCGAGGCUUCUGUGUCCGAGGACAAGCUGUCAGUGAGCGCCUCCAAUUUGCCGUGCUGGCUGGUGGAAGAGUUUGUGGUGGCCGAAGAGUGCAGCGCGUGUUCUACCUUCCAGACUAAAACCAUCCCUGAGUGUGGUUCCACGGGGCACGUGGAGAAGAUCACGUGCAGUCCAUCUGCAAGGAAUGAGUUCAAAAGCUGCCGCUCCGCUGUGAUGGAACAGCGCUUGUUCUGGAAGUUCGAAGGGGCCGUCUUGGGUGUGGCCUUGGUCUUUGCCUGCCUUGUCAUCCUCCGUCAGCGACAGCUGGACAGAAAGGCUCUGGAGAAGGUGCGGAAGCAGAUCGAGUCCAUCUGACGACGCUGCAGCUGCUCACACUCCGACUCAGACGAGGCGCAGCGGACUCAUCUGUGCCCUCGGGUCUGGGGGGCCUUGUGGUGAUGCCCCCACCCCCAUUUUCCUUUUCUAGAUCAUUAAUGGGCAGAAUAAAAAGUGUAAAAUAGUUUCCUUCCCCACUGUCAUUGGGUUUGGGGCAGUCCUGAGGGUGGAAGAGAAAGGGGUGGUAACCUUAGUUCCUCGUCUACCAGUAACCCGUCUUCUCUUUUGAAAUUGAUUGAAAACUUCUGGGAUACAGUUUUCUGCUUAAAAGUUUAUUUCUGAGUUAGCACUGCUGUUGUUCCUCCACCCUAUCCCCAAAGAAGAAAUAAAAACAUGGAUAUAUUGGGA